CGCCGGGAUCACCGCCUCCUGCCUUCCCCACCCGGGCCAGCCAUUCAUCGGGCCGCCUCUCCCAAUUGGCUUCUACCCAGUCCUCAAAGCAUCUUCUGCCCAGUGCACAUGUUCAUCUAUCCAGCCAUUGUACAACAAAAGUGGUCUGUUCGUGUCAUUUGAAAAUGGAUCACAUGUCUCCCAGGUUGAGAGCUUUCCUCUCUGAACCCAUCGGAGAAAAGGAUGUUGUCUGGGUAGAUGGGAUCAGCCAUGAACUUGCAAUCAAUUUGGUCACCAAAGGUUUCAACAAGGCCUACACCCUGCUGGGACAGUUCCUUCUGAUGCACAAGAAUGAAGCUGAGUUCCAGAGGUGGCUCAUUUGUUGUUGUGGUGCCACAGAGUGUGAAGCCCAGGAGAGUUCUAACUGCCUGAAGGAGUGGUGCUCCUGCUUCUUGUAAGCACACCUCCUUGCUCUGCCACCUGGGAAAUGAUGUGUUCUGUACCUAGACCCAGGCUCAGAGUCAUUAUUUUUGUUUCUAACUUAAAUGAUACAUGCUUGUUAUUAAAAGUAAUCCAAGAAUAUAAAAAGAACACAAGAAAGAAUGACCCAAAGUUCACCACCAGAAGUGACUAUCAUUCCCUUUAUAUGAAAAUCAUGCCAAAUAUCCUAGUACAUAUUUAUAUACAAGAAUGGACAAGUUUACUUAAAAUGGGAAUUAAAUUUUGCCAGUGUAUUAGUUAUCUAUUGCUGCAUAACAAAUAUACCCUAA